AUGGACAAAGAAGAAGGUGCCGACGUCCCCCAGGAGCAGAAGGCGACAUGGGGCGCUUUCCUCAAGUCACUCACUCACAUGACCGGAGACUUGUCGUCUAUGACCGCGCCGCCUUUCAUUCUCUCGCCCGUCUCGCUCACGGAGUUUCCCGCGUACUGGUGUGAACACCCCGGUCUUUUCGCUGAGAUCUCGGAGGGCACCACCCCGCAGGACCGUAUGGAGCGCGUCCUCAGGUGGUUCAUCGCUACCCUCAAGGGACAGUACACCACCCGUAAUGAGAAGAUGGGCAGUGAGAAGAAGCCCCUCAAUCCCGUUCUCGGCGAGCUGUUCUACGGAGUCUGGCCCGAUGCGAACGGCCGAGGCGAGACACAGUUGAUUGUCGAGCAGGUAUCGCACCAUCCGCCAAUCACUGCUUACUUCAUUGAAAACAAGAAGGCUGGCGUUAAGCUCCAGGGUCACUCUGGGCAGAAGACAGCUUUCACCGGUACCGCCAUCAAUGUAAAGCAAUCUGGCCACGCUAUUCUCUAUGUCACUCCUCGUACCGGCGGACCCAUCGAGUCAUAUCUGAUCACCCUUCCAAAGCUCCGGAUUGAAGGUAUCGUUUGGGGCUCGCCUUACAUCGAGCUGGUCGAGACCAACGCGAUUCAGAGCAGCACCGGUUUCACUGCUCAAAUCGACUACAAGGGUCGAGGAUGGGUAUCUGGCAAGGCCCACACUUUCAAGGCCACCCUCACCCAGACCGACCACAAGAAGUCGCUCCAGACAUACGAGGGCCAGUGGACCGGCGUCAGCCACAUUGGCGGUUCCAAGGGUCCCGUCUUCCUCGACACAUCGGCGGGCGUCAAGGAGGAGGUAUCGGUCGCCAGCCUGGAGCAGCAGGGUCCGUGGGAGAGUAGGCGGCUGUGGGAGAAGGUCGCCAAGGGGAUCAAGGGCGCAAACUACGAUCUCGCCGGAACCGAGAAGAGCAGAAUAGAGAACGAGCAACGUCAGCGCCGGAAAGACGAGGCGGCCGCGAACGGGACAUGGGACCUUUGGCACUUUACCCACGUCGACGCCGAGCCCGAAUACGGCCGACUCUCGACGAUGCUCCACGACAAGCUUACGCCGGCGCACGAGGACGCGUACAUCUUCAAGGAGGGUGUACAGGUCGGGUCGAGGAGCACCGCUUAA